GGCCGCACCAACCUCAGAUGACGCCGCCCCGUGUUUUGGUUUUCUGAGAGAGCGGAGCGGGGACGCGAGAUCGGGCGGCAGCGACUCUCAGUUCCUUCCAGCCUCGGUAAGAGCCGGCUCGGCGACCGAGUGUUACUCAGCAGGAAGGGCACUCAUACUUGGCAAGGGGGGUUCCAGUCAUUCUUGGACAAGGGAGAAGGAUCAUGGCUUUGAAGAUAGCAGUACUGCUGAGCUGUGUCCUUGGGAUCAGCGCCUUUCCCCUGGAGGACCCUGAGGAUGGAGGCAAGCAUUGGGUUGUCAUUGUAGCUGGUUCAAACGGCUGGUAUAAUUACAGGCACCAGGCUGAUGCAUGCCAUGCUUACCAAAUUGUGCAUCGGAAUGGCAUUCCAGAUGAACAAAUCGUUGUGAUGAUGUAUGAUGACAUUGCUGAUAGUGAAGAGAAUCCAACCAAAGGCAUCGUCAUCAACAGGCCCAAUGGUACAGAUGUGUACAAAGGCACCUUGAAGGACUAUGUGAAAGAGGACGUUACACCAGCAAACUUCCUUGCUGUGCUCAGAGGUGAUGCUGAAGCAGUGAAGAGUAAGGGAUCAGGAAAAGUACUACGAAGUGGCCCAAAGGAUCACAUAUUUGUCUAUUUCACUGAUCAUGGUGCCCCGGGACUUCUGGCUUUUCCAAAUGAUGAUCUCCACGUGGAAGCCUUGAACAAGACCAUUGCAUAUAUGCACAAGCACAAAAGAUACCAGAAGAUGGUGUUUUACAUUGAAGCAUGUGAAUCUGGAUCAAUGAUGGAUCCUCUACCUGAUAAUAUCAAUGUUUACGCCACCACUGCUGCCAAUCCUAGGGAAUCAUCUUAUGCAUGUUACUAUGAUGAUAAGAGACAAACAUACCUUGGGGACUGGUACAGUGUCAACUGGAUGGAAGAUUCUGAUGUGGAGGAUUUGAAAAAAGAAACUCUCCACAAGCAGUUUCUGUUGGUAAAGAAGCAUACCAACACCAGCCAUGUGAUGCAGUAUGGAAACCUAUCCAUCGCUCACAUGAAAGUGGUGCAAUUCCAGGGCACGAAGCAAACCUCCAGCAGCCCCAUAUCGUUGCCACCAGUAAGUCACUAUGACCUCACUCCCAGUCCCAAUGUGCCCCUUGCAAUCAUGAAGCACAAACUGAUGGCCACCAACGACGCAACUGAAGCUAAGGCGAUUCUAGAAGAGAUGAAGAGACAUCUAGAGACCAAAGAGCAAGUCCAGGAUUCCAUGCGCAGGAUUAUAGCCCUCAUAACACUCUCUGAUGAGCACACUGGGCAACUCCUGUCAGAGAGGAUGAGCCUCAGGAAUUAUGACUGUUAUGAAGCAGCAGUGCGUCACUUCAAGAGCCAUUGCUUCAACUGGCAUGAGUCUCCUGUGUAUGAAUAUGCUCUGAGACAACUGUAUGCCUUGGUCAAUGUCUGUGAAACAGGAUAUCCCAUUGAGAGAAUACUGUCUGCCAUAGAUCAAGUCUGCUCUGAAUUUUAACCACAAAACAAUUUAGUCAAGAAAUCCAGCAAAAAAAAAAGCAAUUAAUAAUGUGGUAAUCAAAGAGGCCAGUUAAAUGCAUCCACUAUUAAUAAUAAAAAGCAAAAUAAAAUAAAAACCUAUGGAGGACAGCUCCUGCCAGGUUCUGCACUUUAAAGCCUUGGAGAGGGCGAAACGUGAUGUUCAGCAAGGCUGCAUUUCACUUCAGAAGCUGUUUCCAAAGUCUCGAAUUCAGAAGAUCAUCAGAGUCUUCGUAAUUGCAGUGUGUAUUCUUGAAUUCCACUUCGAAAGAAUUUUGGCAACUGACGGUGGGCAGGCUUGGAUAAGAGCUUGGUUUGAAUCAAACUAGUUUUCUUUGUCUUUUUUUAAUCUUUCACUCAGGUUUUGGUGGUCGCCUCUUUGAGAAUUACCUAAGGAAUUUCACACAAAAAAAACCCUGUAGUGAACACUGCAUUUGUUUUUGUUUUGUUUAUGAUUGGAAAUGAAUGCUUUCAUGACUCGAAGGACAUACUGUUGACUGCACACUUUAAUAUUGCACAUCUCAAGAAGUAAAAAAUAAAAUUGGGUUUGUUGGUUUGUUUUAAUUGCAUAUAUCUGGUGUGGUAAAUUAACAAUUUGAUUUAAAAUUACCAGGUUUUGUUUGACGAAAAUCAAAAUUCCCUUUGUGAUGGUGAAGUUCCUACCCCUAUUGAAGGAGAUUGUCUACCGUUAUGUCUUCUGAUUCUUAUGUAACUCUACAUUUACAUAACUUGGUGGGAGAUUUUGCAGUAUUUGGAGUGACCUGUGAAGAAGAAUAAUAAAAAGUUAAGCUGCUUAUGCUUCACUUUAAACAAA